ACGUACGGAAAGCUUAGGUUAAAAAAGUGAUCCCGUGAAAUUUAAUUUUCCCCUAAUAAAUUCUCAAAACAAUUCGUUCUGCACUUGUUCGCGCGUAUGACUUCUCUCUUUCGUGUUCAUCGCUCACCAUUCUUCUGAUCGCCGCUUGCAAGUACAAGAUUUCUUUUACUUGUAUCCGCAGCAAUGGUUGAAAAGCCCUCUAGUUCGUCAUCUACUCUCGUUGAUCAGCCAGUUGUUCCAGGAGAUGUGGUUCUUGACCUCUCAAACAUGACCAACGAGACCAUCAAGCUUGGAGGCGGUCUUCGACAGGACCAAGAUGCUAUUUCUGUCUCCAAAGUUGGAAAACUUAGGUUCUCGAAACCAAACAAAUAUUGGGUUGAAAGCUCACAGAAAAGGUACGUGCCAUGUGCGGAAGAUUGUGUCCUUGGAAUCGUGCUUGACUCUAGAGCCGACAAUUUUCUUGUUGACAUAAAAGGUCCGUCAUUAGCCUUUCUUCCCGUUCUUGCAUUUGAAGGAGGAACAAGGCGAAACAUACCAAAAUUUGAGAUGGGUGCCCUGCUUUAUGUGCGCGUAGUGAAGGUAAACCCUGGAAUGAAUCCUGAGUUGGCAUGCACUGAUGCAAGUGGGAAAGCAGCUGGAUUUGGCCUCCUGAAAGAUGGCUUCAUGUUUGAGUGUUCAACUGGCUUAUCAAGAAUGCUUCUAAGUUCUCCCCCAUGUCCAGUUCUUGAAUCUCUUGGGAAGAAGCUUUCAUUCGAGACAGCAAUUGGUUUAAAUGGCCGCGUUUGGGUCAAUGCUGAUUCUCCGUCUACAAUCAUUGUUGUUUCAAAUGCAAUAUUGAACUCCGAAACUCUGUCUGGUGUUCAACAGAGAAUCAUGGUGGACAAACUCCUUGCCAAUUUAAAGCUGUCAAGUUAAAAUUCUAAUUUAUAGUCAUGUAUUAUUUAACUCAAGUCUUACGAAAACAGUAACCAAAUCUUUUCUUCUCUUUGAAAUUGAGAAAGAUUCACGAUUUAAUUAUAUUCAUUAGCUCUCAAGUAAAAUGGCUAUUUGGUCUA